UGGCUAUAUUUGUUAUUGUUUUCAGGAUGAUGUAUAAAUCUCCCAUGACUGGUUUUGUGGUCCAGGGAUACAGUUAUAUUCAAACUAGAUCAUUUGAUUCUCAAUGCAUGGCUUACUCAUAUGUUUUUAACAGCUGUUCGAGCAAAACACUGUACUUGGAAAGGUGUGCGUUUCUGACUAUCAUUUUUCAGCCAGAGUGGACCGCGCGCAUCUCGUAUCUGUCUGAGGAGAGCGCGCUAUCCAACGGGAGGCGCGAGAGCGCAACAGUUGAUGUGCGCGCACGCCGGGAACGCGCUAUUCUGUCAGAAAGUCGAAGAGCACAAACUCAGCGCGAGGGCUUGGAGUUCCCCUCAGGCAGGAGUCACUCCACGUCAUGCGUUUGUGGUAUUGCGCCGGACGCUUCAAAGAUGCGCGCACUCCUCGGCCGUUUGGAGACUCCAGCCGGAUGCUUAUACCGCGGCGCGCUGAAGUUCACGCGACCCUGAAGGGAUGAAAACUCUGCUGUCGUCGUCAGCGGGAAAGGCUUCACACGAUGACUUCAGACCUGUUGCUGGUUCUCCACAUGUCCUCGAUCUGACAAUGGUUAACUGCUUCAAUUCAUCCAGCUCCAACAGCACGGCCGUCAGCUCGGAUGGGGCUCCGUUCCCGGGGUACACGAUGGUCAUCCUGGCGAUCCUCAUGAUAACGCUGGUGGUCGUGGUGGUGGUCGGGAACGCGCUGGUUAUCCUCGCGUUCGUCGUUGACAAGAGCCUCAGAAACCAAUGCAAUUACUUCUUCCUUAAUUUGGCUAUAUCGGACUUCCUCGUUGGGGCUUUUUGCAUCCCAGUCUACAUGCCCUAUAUCUUGACGGGCAGGUGGAUGCUGGGCCGUGGACUGUGCAAGCUGUGGCUUGUGAUGGACUACUUGUUGUGCACCGCUUCCGUCUUCAAUAUCGUCUUAAUCAGCUACGACCGCUUCCUGUCCGUUACCCGAGCUGUGAGGUACCGAGCCCAGCAGGGCGUCACUCGUCUGGCAGUGGUCAAGAUGUUGGUGGUGUGGGUUUUGGCAUUCCUCCUCUACGGACCAGCCAUCAUCUUCUGGGAACUGAUGGUAGGAGAAAGCAUCGUUCCGGAGGACGAAUGUUUCGCCGAGUUCUACUGCACCUGGUACUUCCUGCUCUCCGCGUCGACCUUCGAGUUCUUCUCGCCGUUCAUCUCCGUGGCCUUCUUCAACUUCAGCAUCUAUCUCAACAUCCAGCGGCGGAACCGGAGUCGCAUGGCGCACGUGGAGGCCGAGAAGGAGGACGGCUGGAGGGUCAUCGACGGACAGGCCUCGUCCGUUUUCUUCGUCAAAACGCGCAAGGUGUCCUCGAGCGAGCCGGCGGCCGUUUCGGCCGUGAUCGAAAACGACGAGGAGGUGUCGCCGUCGUCCAGCGGCGACCCCAGCAGCACCCACUCCGUGUCUUUGACAAUGAAGACGACCAUUAAAAAGCGCGGGUUGCUCGGCGGCUGGGUAAGGACGCGCAUAAUACGAGCGCAGGAGGCGUCAAAUCCAUGCGCCCCCUGCAGGAGCGGAGGACACGCGCGUCUCUCGAGAGAUAAAAAGAUUGCCAAGUCCCUGGCAGUCAUCGUGUGUGUUUUCGGGGUGUGUUGGGCGCCGUACACCCUCCUCAUGAUCAUACGGGCGGCCUGCAGCGGUAGCUGCGUGGAGCACCAUUGGUACGAAGUCACUUUUUGGCUCCUUUGGCUCAACUCGGCCAUCAACCCUUUCCUCUACCCGCUGUGCCACAGCAGCUUUCGCCGGGCCUUCGCCAAGAUUUUGUGCCCCAAGCGGCAGUCUGUUCGACCACACGAGGAAAGCCCUUCCUGCCAGUGACAAUCUGACAGCAACAGAAGGGAUUUAACACACUUUCACGCUGAAUAUUGAAGGAUGAAAUAAAAGCACCAAGGAAAUCAAGAAAGCGAAACAUUUCUGCCCAAGCAAACGGAAAUCCAUGUCAUUACUUGAUGGAGUAGCAUGUUUUGUUCUUCUUUGAUGAAGCAUAUGAUUCUCCUUUUAUCGAUGGAUACAAACAGUGCAGCUAACGGUGUUUUUUUUAUUUUUGUUUUUGUCUAUCUCUUGUCUUGCAGUAACAUAGGAGCGAAGUGGUUUCACUCGUAACGUAAGUUGCAUGUUCUGGGACAUCUGUGGUGAAAAAGUGACGCAGCUCAUGUUCAGAACAUAUUCGAUUGACAGUUUCGCUCAUAUCUGCAUUAUUCCUUCGCCACUGUAUAUUCCACUCCAUCGCACGCUUCAGCAGAGCGAAAAGGUGAUUUAUGGAAGGCGGCAUUGCAACCUAAACACACGUCGUGCUCUGCCACUAAAAAACACGAGACUCUGAAAUCUGUAUCACCCGCCAUGGACGAGAUUGAAACUAAUAAUGUUUUUGAAUGGCAGUUUUGUGGAAUCUUUGUGUAAUGUGAAUUAAGUUAUUGAUAUAUCAGUUUACAAUAAUGAAAUGAAUGAAUGCAUUUUAAAGGAAUAAUACACAUAUUUGUGGAUUGUCCA